UAUGAGAAAUCCGAUGCGCUGCCACGCACUCUGGCGGAGAGUUCCCGCACUUGACUUUUGACUUAACGUUUGUUUACCUUUAACUUACUAACCUAUAUAUAUUUCGGCAGUCAGAUUAACUCGAGAAUUAGUUUACCUCGAUAUGGGCAGAAACUGCUUUAUAUUAAAGUGCAAGGGCAACAAGAACCGGUACGUCACUGACCUUAAAAAGACGUUGCCAGCAUUUUUUCGCUUCCCUAAAGAUGCAGACCUAUUCGAUGAAUGGAAGAAGGUUGUGCCCCCUCGGACGUUCAAGCACAAUCCAAAGCGCUACCCGACCGACAAAGACUAUCUGUGCUCCCUCCACUUCAAGAAGGAAGAUGUCAUCAAGCACUACGAAAUUAGCAGUAUCAAGGGUUGUCCUGAAAAUGAAGUCGUGAAAAUUGAACGAGGAAGGUGGAUAUUGAAACCAGAUGCGGUCCCAUGUUUCUUUUCAGAUGACAACCCUGAUGCGAAGCUGAUGGUACAUGAGCGUAGAACUAAAAGGUCAACCAGUCUCAGCAAAAGGGAAGUACCUUCUAUGCCCACUGGAAUUGGUCACAAUUGUAAAGAGAAUGAAUGCAUUGAUACAGAAACCACCUGUAGCAAUGGCAAACCUGAUACACCUGAAGUGACGGUGCCAAACUGUUCUGUUGUUGCAAGGAUAGAUCACAACUACCACUUGCCUUUUAGAGAAUCUACAGGGGGUACAAGAAUGUCUGUAGUUGAGGAAACCACUGCUAACGUAUCAACCCAUUCAAGUUCUAGUAAUAAGUGUGAAUCCGAGUCAUAUACUGUAGAACAAUUACAUCAAGAUGUAUUAGAAAUAAAGCUACCAAAAAAUUGGACAUUUGUCCAAAAUGAUGAUGAUUAUAGCACACAAUUUAUUUCAUAUGGUGAGGAUAUGUCUGUCAAAUGUGUUAAGUUUACAGGCACAUGUCUUCCUUCAGUUACAAUAUGCGGUUCCAUUCAAGAACAUGGCAGAGUCUGCUCCAAGCAAGAUAUUGAAGAGCUCCUCGCAUCUGUCAGUGUUUUGUGAAAUAGGUUUACCAUGUAUUAGUUAUAAUGGUUGUUAAAGUGUAGAAAUAUGUUCAUGUUUUGAAAUGUUUUAUACUGCACAUGUAUCAAUGAAAUAAAGGCAUUAAUUUAACAAGCUUU